CCACUGGGUAGCGCGCUUCGUCUGGGACGUGCAUGGGCCGUCGUGGAGCAACAGAUCAACGCGCAUGCGCACUUGAUUGUUUUGACUGAAAAUGCCGUCCGUUUCGAAAACGGCGACCAAUGCGUCUCCUCAAACCGAGAAACCGACCCACUAUACCUACUUGAAGGAGUUCAGGACCGAGCAGUGUCCGUUGUUCCUGCAGCACAAGUGCACGCAGCAUAGACCGUUUACGUGCUUCCACUGGCACUUUCUUACCCAGAGGCGGAGGAGACCCAUCCGCCGAAGGGACGGCACCUUCAACUAUAGCCCCGACGUUUACUGCACCAAAUACGACGAGACCACCGGCAUCUGCCCCGAUGGAGAUGACUGUCCUUAUCUACACCGGACCACCGGCGACACGGAGCGCAAGUACCAUCUCCGCUAUUACAAGACGGGCACAUGCAUCCACGAGACAGAUGCCCGGGGGCACUGCGUGAAGAACGGCCUCCACUGCGCGUUUGCCCAUGGCCCUCAUGAUCUCAGACCCCCCGUCUAUGAUAUCAGAGAGAUCCAAGCUCAAGAGGUGCUCCAGAAUGGACAGCUGGGCCCCGGCGAAAGUAUUCCUGACCUGCAGCCUGGUGUGUUAGCCAGCCAAGCAAUGAUCGAGAAAACCCUGACGGAGGACCCCAGGUGGCAAGACACCAAUUUUGUUUUAGCAAACUACAAAACGGAGCAGUGCACAAAGCCGCCCAGAUUGUGCAGACAGGGCUACGCUUGUCCGCACUACCACAACAGUCGAGACCGCAGGCGCAAUCCACGCAAAUACAAGUACAGGUCGACGCCGUGCCCCAGCGUGAAACACGGCGACGAAUGGGGCGAGCCCUCCAAGUGCGAAAGCGCCGACGCUUGCCAAUAUUGCCACUCACGCACGGAGCAGCAGUUUCACCCAGAGAUCUACAAAUCUACCAAGUGCAACGACAUGCGGCAAACCGGCUACUGUCCCCGAGGGCCGUUCUGUGCCUUUGCACACGUCGAAAGAAUCCCCUCCACCGAGGAUACCAUGAGCUCAUUGCUAACGGCCAUACAUUCCAGCUCACAUUCCCAGCCAGGCCCUCAGCAGUAUUCCGAGUGUCCUGUCGCAGAGUGGACGACGGCCGGCGGCUCCAGCACCAGCAACGGACAAUUGGCGAGUACCCAAAACAGCGUCUUCUGCGCAGUGAACCCCCUGGCGUCCAGCUUCACCUCCAGCAUAACGUCCAGCUUGGCCUCCAGCAUCGGCUCGGACAGCUCCUCCCCGACCACCUUGUCCACCAUGAACGCAAAAGCCACUCCCUUUUAUCCCGGGAGCAACACGGUGGAGUCCGUCAUUGGAUCUGCUCUGGACAUCAACUUCAGUGACAUUAACGUUGCGUCGCUUGAUAAGGAGCUCGAAGAACAAGACAACAGUGUUGGACUAGAAGGUCACAGAAUGUUCAGCGGCUCGGCCCCGGUCAACAUUCCCGGCUCGCUGGCGCGCUCGUCCUCCUUUAACUCGUCUUCGUCGCUGUCCACGUCGCCGCUGAGCUCGCUGUCGCAGUCGCACUCCCUGCUCUCCGGCGCGGUGUCACAGCACAACCACGCCGCUAACAUGUUGGCUAAGCAGGAGCACGGCCUGCUGGGAACGCCCUCGUCUUCUUCCCAGAACUCCUUGGGCUUGAACGGCGCUAGCAGCAUUUGGGACUUUGUGAGCGGCAGCUUUUCCCCGAGUCCGUCCCCGGUCUUCAGCAGCCUGACGUCCGCGGCAGGCGGCGGCGACGUUUCACGUCUCUUUCGGGAACUGGAUGAGGCCAAGAGGAAGAUCAAACAAUGGGAGGAGGCCUGGCAUCAGGUCAAACAGGCAUGCGAAGCCUGCCAGAAAGACGCCCACGAAGCCAAGGAACAAGCCAAGGCGGCGGAGUCGGAGCUGCAGCUGGCUGAGCAGAAACGGGACGAGACGGAGCGCAAGCUGAAGGACCUCCGGGGUGAUUUUGACGCUCUGUGCCGGGCACCCGGAACGCCGCUCCUGCGCAGCUACGGCGAGCUGGAACAGCUCUCCCUGUCCAAGCUGCACUCGCUCAAGAACCAGCUGCGCAACGACCUCGACCUUAUAGACGGGGUCAUAUAUCGGCUUCAGUCAAAGAAAUGCGUAGUUUGCCAAAAGCACGACCGAUGUGUUGUGCUGCAGCCGUGCCAACAUUACGUUCUAUGCGAGAGCUGCGCGCCCAGCAAAGCCGAAUGUCCCUACUGUCGAACAAAAAUACUCAAGUGGUGAUGUACGCUCACGCAUGAGAGGUACUAUAGUACUAUAGAGAUAUCAACUUUUGUAUAUUUCAUACAACACUUAAAAGGUCGAAGGAAAUGAUGCUUGACUCGUACAAAUGCAUCGAACGGCGAAUCACGUACGGGGGAUUCUGAUGUUUAGGUUUUGCUCAUUUUACGUGGCCAACAGCUUUAGUUAGCAAAAAAUUGUCAAUUUGGCAACGGCAACUAAACUCUACAAAAAACGCGUCCUUUCUCAAUAAGUUAGGUAUGAUGGAAAACGUCAUUCAUUAAAAGUCAAACUCAAUUGAAAUAUCGAAUGAUUUAAAUUUGUGCAAUUUUGAUGGUGUGUCAGGAAAUUAGAAUAUGAUCAAAAAUGAACAAGUGAAAUGAUUUUCCACUUUUCCUUGCGUCUUCAAUUGUCAAAAAUUCCCUUGUGUUUUGGGAGAGAAAUUAAAAUUCAACACUAUGCAGAUUGAAUCUUUGAUGUAAACAAAACAACAACAAAACAAACAAAAAAAACACUAUUCGGACUGCAAAGUUGUCAAGUGUAUUUCAGGUAUUAGCGCUGAAUGUUCCUUUUUACGUAAAAAAAAACAAAACAAAAACAAAUAGUUGAUAUGAAUGCAGCCGGUUAAGCAAUUAUUCUGACCAAUUUCCCGAAGAUUUCUUAAUUGAAGCACUUUGUCGACUAUUACGAGGGUAGCUAGACAUUUUGUUGAAGCUGCUUUGUAGGGAUUGCUUUUUUUUUAACUAGUCAUACUUUUUAUAAGUAUACCCAUAAAUAUAUAUAUAGAGAGAGAAAGAUUUUUGGUCUGUACUGUGAAACAUAAAUGGACCAUUUCAUGUUUCCUGUUGUUUAAAUCAUAGCAUGAUUCUGCAUAUUAAGAUUGAAUAGGAAACUUCAAGUAUUUCAUAGUUUCUACUUUCAUAGUUCGAUUUAUAAAAUAAACAAGAGAGAAAAAAAUCAAUUGCAAACUUAUGAUGCAUUUUAAGCCGAACCAGCAGCUGUAAAAUGCGUCAAGUGUGCACACACGCUAUAUGCACAUGGUUAAAAUCAGUUACUUUUGUUUGUUUUUUUGGGAACAUUUAUAAGGAGGAGCAUGUAUUGUCUUUGUGUGUGUUCGUAUUUGUGUGUGUAUGUUGGAAACUAGCCUCUAGAACAUAACGGCCUCCAGCUCUCAAGUGCCUUAAGCUCAAAUUGUGGAAGUGGAAAAGCUCUUUUUUUGGUGAAAUGUCUUUAAACCUGACCAUACUUAUAUCCGGCCCAGUUUAAUUCCUCUUAUUUUUUUUCGUCUUAUUUUAUUCUAUUUUGAUGGAACAUCACCAGCGCCUGCGAUCUUUGUCGUUGGCCGCAGUGCUCUUCCCGUGCAGCUUCGCUCUUUUGAGAUGAGCUCUUUUCUUUCCUGGCCGUAUGCAAAAUAAAGGGCACCUUGUAUUUGUACCGAAAAAAAGCUCUUAGGACAAUUUCCGUGAUGAACGUCAUCGAGUCCGUCUAAAAAUGACCUUCUACUGUGUUCAUGAAUCGCUCUGACUUUAAAAAAAAAAACAUAGGAAGUGUGUCUCCAGGUGCAAAUGAUUUAGCUACUUAUUCGCUAAAGCUACGUGUUCGAUUUACAUUCCCCGAUGGGACAGGAAAGCGGCGCCGCACGGAAAAAAAUGCAUUUUUAUCAGCUGUUUGCUGAGUUAAAGAAGCGGGCCAUAGUCAAUAUGCACCAGCGGAAGCGGGGUACACACACGACGAUUUUAACAUCUUAACCUUUUAUUUUCUUUUUUGUUCAUGGACCCACACAUGGCGAGGGUAAAAAAAAAACAAGUGUAUACUUUCUGCUCUUAUAGCACGACAGCUUCUGAUCAGAUCAGGGAAGGGCUACCGCAGGAUAAUCGCUCAGGAUCAUUUAUAAUGUAUUUUUUGUUUGAAACAUUGGAUAAUUGGGUCUUUCCAUCCCUGUUGUCGGUACGUGUGUACCCCGCUUAAGCCAGUGGUUCUCAAUUAUUUUCUGUCAUGCCCCCCCCCUAAGAAGAAGAAAACAUCUCGCGCCACCCCCCUCAUGACUAUACCUGUAGUAUCAUUUGUCUAUAAAAUUGUUAUAAGUACACCUCUGCAUAACACUGUUUCCUUAUUAACGUAUAAGAGAAUAAAAAAAGAAAUAUGGACCAACUUAGAACAAAGAAUAGCUUUAUUACCUGUAACAGAAAAGAGUUAAGUGCAUCUGAAAUUCAAAAGUAAAAUUAAUCCUUAAUUUAACUAUAAAUAUUGUUUGACGGACCAUGUCAAACCAUACGAUACUGAAAAAUAAAAUUAAGUCAAGGGACAAGCUUGUUAUCUGAAUGACAGCACGACAAUCGACAUCCACUCAUUCCCAUUCAGUUUUUAGGAAAAAAGGCCGUCCUAAAGCCUUGAGCCGACUAUAAUCAAUCCGAAUUUACUGUAAUCGUGUCAAACUGCCACAGUGUAUUUCAAUUGAUGUUAAAAGCUCAUUCAUGACUACCGUAAAAAGUAUAAAUGUAGUUCCUUCACAAAUUCUUUUUUUGAAUUACGUUUGUAAUACGGUCGGUUUUUCGGAACUGCCCCUGCAAUAAUGUCGCAGAGACCUGUACUGCUGUAAAUUGUCACGGGUUUGUUUACGUGCUUUUAUUUGGUUUUUUUUAACUUGUUUCAUUUGACAGAGUUAUUUGGUCUUCAUCAUUUUUGCUUGUGAAAACAUAAAUAAAUAAAAUAAGGACGUCUCACUCUAAAUUUAGAGAAACAAAGCAAAGUGAUGUCUCCUGUAGCUGUCCCGGUAUUUGAGAACAUUAUCCCUUUUUAAAACGGAACGCCGCCAUUUCGUGACGAGUACAAUUGAAUGCCUUGCGAGAUGUAGAAUUCAGUUUUUGAGGUCAUUAUUAUUUCACUUAGCGGCUUAAUAACAACUCUGCUGACGGCUUUUGCUUUCAACAUCGACACACUUGGGCCCGUGUUCGUUGCCGUUUGACCAAAGACCUGUAAUUUGUACUUUCACCUCAAAAUUUCAGUAAAAAAUGGAAGUUAGUAAAGGAAGGAAAAGAAUCACCUGCUACCUUAAAGAUUGAAUUAGCAGUCAUAAAUUAUUUUUCUCCCGAGUUGACAAAAAAUACAGACAAAUCCCUUCAAAUUGUGUUUUUACGGCCAGUUCAGAGGUUCUGUUAAGGAUAGUGAAGGAAGUGACUGUGACCCUGAUGUGGCCAUAUCGGCUUCGGUUUUCAGAAGUUCUCUUUACUCGAAAGGGGUGUAUAACAGUGGGUGCUUUAAUUUAUAUACCAUACGGUGCUUUGGAUUCACUGUCCGUAAAGUGAGUUUAUGAGUGGCAGAUACUUAACUUAUUCCAUCAAAACAAUCCAAAAAGUCCACUUAAUAAGCACUGCAGUUUAGUCUUAACUUUUUGUGCCUUUUUAUGAUUGGAGUUGUGUUUAAUUAGUUGCUCAGAGGAACAUCAAAACAUUUUUAACGCGGCUGUUUAGUUUUGUCUGGAAUUCAGAACAUUCAAGAGUGAGAAUUCCCCCCAAAAUGCUAUUUAAUAAAAAAUAUAUUUUCCGUAAUCACUAUUUUACCCAUAACAGUACGGCAGCAGACAGUUUGUAGAAUAUAUGUCGGGACCGUCUCGCUAACGAUGCUAAGCAGCUCCAUGCAUUUGUUACAAGCGUCCUGUUUCGAACAGGUUACGUUAUUUGAGUUUGCAUCUAAAAUGCUCACACGGACAGUGACAUCAGAGUUCAGAACUUUCAGAGAUUUUCCUCACGGCUUGACUCAAUAGCCGAGAGUAUGAGGGAACGCAGAUGGAGGCCAUGUCGCUAACCAUGCUAAGCGCUAAGACUGCAUGGCUAACCAGCUCCUCGGACAUGGAAACACGUGUUCACAGAAGCUCGAGAACAAUCCAUUAAACAACUGCCCCAAAACUCUUGAGUAGCAUGUCUCCAUAGCUAAAAUAUGCUCAAUUAGCUUAGCUGGCUAGCAACUCUUCUGCUCUUUCCUUUCUCUGGCCAUUUUAGUUUCGACUCGUUAAUGGAACAAAUUUUCACUGCGCAAUUUCAUUUGUUUUGUUUCAAUAGCGAAUUAAGGCAUAUGUGAAGCUAAUUCUCGAAAGUGGUCUGACGUUGGUGUGGAAAGGGACUAUAUUUCCGUCAUGGUCUGUAUUUACCAUCCUAUUCAAGACAAGAACUUAAAAAGACAGCAUUAUUCAGCCUGUAAAGAUGUAAUUUAGAUCAAUCAAUCCAAAUGUGAAACAAAGCGCACCAAACAGGAAGAAUCUUGUAAAUGUAAAUGCACACUGCAUACUGUACUUUUGAAUCUGUUUUGCAUUUUAGUUGUUGUUUUUCAUUGUUUUUGAAUGAUACAAACAUGCGAGCCUGAAGAUUUAUGCAAUCUUGUACACGUGUAAUGACGUUGAGUGAGUAAAAUAAAAAGUAAAAAAAAUAAAUAAAAGAAUCUGAAUGUGGAACCGGCUGUUCCAUGUACUGUAGACAUGUAAUUAUUUUUGUUAAUGUUUUGAUGCCCUGAAAUAUUGAAUGUAUUAUUCUAAAUUAGAUAUUCAAUGAAGAGGUCACUGGAAUAUUAUCAUUAUGGAGCGCAGUUCAUUCAUUUUGAUGUAGCAUCUAGUUGUAAACUGCUAUUCAAUAAAAACAAAUGUAUUAGCACUAAACUAAAGGUGUGUGUCCCCCCCCCCCCCCCCCUCCACACCAGUUAACGCAGUGCUUGAAUGGAAAAUAGAUUUAAUGGGAUUAUUCCUGUCGGUGCGUUUAAAUAUUUGAAUAUUUUUGUGAUCAUCUGUAGGAAUUCAAACUGAUAAUCACAAGAAUUUUACUGUCGGUAUCUUGAUUUUGUGUUCUGAACACAAACAUAUUGUAUAGGUGCAGGUCCUAGAGUACUACCACAACUUGUUUUUCUCUUAUUUUUUAUUUCUACAUGAAAGAUUGUGUACUGCAUAUUUUCUAUAGUGGAUGACUAAUUUGUUAACACUUGUUAAAUUGUUACACUAAAGUGUUGUUAUGGUUUACAGAGUUCACAAGAUUAUUUUUUAUCAUCUUGACAAUUAAACAAAGUUUUCAUCGA